AAAAACAACAACAACAAAAAAAAACCCCUCUCUUUCAAAGAUUCUAAUUUAAGGACAACUCUACUCCAAGCAACAGUAGUAAAAACCCUAAACAAACAAGCAAAUAAAAAGCCCAUAGUUUUUGUUUUGCAAACUUGAUAUCCUCUGCUCAGUGAUUUUCACUCAGCCUGGGGCAGUUAUGCCCUCCAAUAGUAGCAUUGUUGGGAGGCAUCUAUUGGUCAUCAUAAUUUGCUGGUAGUAAGAUGUUCCUGGCAUCUAAUGGGGCGCAGACUGGGGAGGCACUAAGCACCCUAUAGUGCACAUCACAGCAUCCUCAAAAAGACUCACAUGGCCCCAAUGCCGCUGUGUUGCAGGAGAAACCCUCCACUGGACCACUGCCUUAAGUUCUUUCUGACAGAGACUGCUGUUCAUUGCGUUUAAGAUGGGCGUGAAGAAGAAAAGAGAAAUGCAGUUUGCUGCACUGACUGUCUGUCAUCAGGACCUGGAAACUCUGAGAUCUUUUGCUGAUGUGGAAGGGAAAAAUCUAGCCUCUUUGCUGUUACAUUGUGUACAGCUCACAGAUGGGGUGUCACAAAUCCACUCUGUUAAACAGAUUGUGCCUCUCCUGGAGAAGGUUGAUAAAAACGGUGUGUGCGAUCCCAUUAUUCAACGUUGUUUGGAUAUUUUAGCAAGCAUUUAUUUUUCCUUGAAUCUGAAGAACCCCUUGAAGAAAGUUUUGGCAAGCUCACUCAAUGGCCUACCUGAAUUUUUUCUAAAUGAGGCUGCACACAGUUUUACUUUUCAUCUUCAAGAAGAAUUAGAUACUGCUGACUUACAUUCUUAUAGAAAAGUAAUGGAUAACAUAUCUUCCUGCAUGGAGAACUUUAACCUGGGUAGAGCAAGUGUUGUCAACCUGCUUCAAAACGUGCUUCAUUUUCUGCAGAAGAGUCUAAUUGAAGUCCAGGAAGAAAACAGAAAAUUUGCUGGAAAUCAUAUUGUUCAAACACAGUUAAUGAAUGACUUGCUGGUAGGUGUUAGAGUUGCCAUGACAUUGGUACAGAAAGUACAAGGGCCCCAGAGCAACCUUUGGAAUGAUUCCAGCUCUCCCAUCUGGCAAAGUAUGUGUGGCUUGCUGAGCAUUUUCACCAGGUUUUUAAAUGAUGAUGACCUACUGCAGACUAUUCAGAGCACAUCUGGAUUAGCUGUUAUUCUUUUCAUUAAGACCAUGUUCCGACCGUCUGAGAAGCUGCCUGGGUUGAUCAGCAGCUUGCUUCUCCAGUCAGCUGACUGCACCAGCAUCCCCGAGUGGCUCAUGAGCAGCUGUGGGAGCCUCUGCUGUGCUGAAGUGCCAGCCUCAGCUCUCCUGUUCCUGUGUCAGGGGACACUUGCCAUGUUGGACUGGCAGGAUGGCAGCAUGGGCCCAAGCAGGGAGGCUUUGCUCUUGGAUACUGUGCAUGUUUUGUUCACCUUGAGUUCACAGAUUAAGGAGUCAACACUAGAAAUGUUCCUGUCUAGAAUCUUGGCAUCUUGGACCAAUUCAGCCAUACAAAUCCUUGAAUCAAGUUCCCCAAGCCUAAAGGAUCAUCUGAAUGGGGAUUCAAGCAUACCUCGGAGACUUUUAGAAUAUGUCUAUACACACUGGGAACAUCCAUUGGAUGCUCUGAGACACCAAACCAAAAUCAUAUUCAGAAAUCUUUUGCAAAUGCACCGGCUCACUAUCGAGGGGGCAGAUUUAGUCACUGACCCCUUCUUUCUGGAACUGACUAAGAGUCUUCUGCAGUUGGAAUGGCAUAUUAAAGGGAAGUACGCUUGCCUUGGCUAUUUGGUUGAGAGUCUUGGAAUUGAACAUAUUUUGGCAAUAGAUAAAACUAUUCCAUCUCAAAUCCUAGAGGUGAUGGGAGACCAGUCAUUGGUACCUUAUGCAAGUGACCUCUUGGAAACCAUGUUUAAAAAUCAUAAGAGCCAUUUGAAGUCCCAAACUGUCACCAAUACCUGGAUGGAUAAGUGGCAUGAGACUUGGGUUUUUCCUGUCCUUUCUGUACUGUGUGGAGGAAACUUGGAUCAGAGGUCUUAUGUGAUUGAUUAUUACUUGCCAAGGUUACUGAAUUACAGCCCCGAGAGCCUACACUACAUGGUGCAGAUUCUUCAGACGCCUAUUGAUACAGAAACUGGGUCGUGUAAUCACAGAGGGGCUCUGGGAGCUUUGAUGGCAUGUCUACGAACAGCUAGAGCUCAUGGACAUCUUCAGUCUGCAACUCAUGCCUGGGAGAACCUUGUGUGUAGUGCCAGGGUAAAGCAAGGCUUAAUUCACCAACACUGCCAAGUGCGGAUAGACACACUAGGCUUGCUUUGUGAAAGCAGUCGGAGCACAGAAGUGGUCUCCAGAGAAGAAAUGCAGUGGGUUCAGUUCUUCCUCACGUACAAUCUCAACAGCCAGUCUCCAGGGGUGCGGCAGCAGAUUUGCUCGCUCCUUACAAAGUUGUUUUGUAGGAUACAAGAAAGUUCUCAGGUACUGUAUAAAUUAGAGCAAAGGAAAUCCAUACCAGACUCAGAGAACCGGUCCACCAGAGAGCAGCCUUCUGUCUCUUUACAGCAGUAUAAGAAUUUCAUGUCAUCUGUUUGCAACAUUCUUUUUGAAGCAUUGUUUCCUGGGUCUUCCUACUCAACUAGAUUUUCAGCUUUAACCAUUUUAGGAUCAAUAGCUGAAGUGUUUCCUGCUUCAGAAGGUAACAUCCAAACAGUGUAUCAGCUGAGUCAUGAUAUCGACGCUGGCCGUUUCCAAAUACUUAUGGAGUGCUUUACUAGUACUUUUGAAGAAGUGAAAACCUUAGCAUUUGAUCUUCUGAUGAAUCUGUCAUCAGUAACUGCUGGGCAGCUCCAGGGUUCUGAGAAGCUGCAAGACCUGUUCCAGGCAGCGCUGGAGCUCAGCACCAGCACCAAACCUUAUGACUGUGUGACAGCUUCCUACCUGCUGAACCUGCUGAUCUGGCAGGAUGCUCUGCCAGCAUCCCUGUCUGCCUCUUCAGCACAGCAGCCCACAUGUGGAGCUGGAGAGAAGUCUGCUGUGGUGGAAAGGAACACAUUAGUGGUUAUUAAAUGCUUGAUGGAAAACCUUGAGGAUGAAAUAUCUCAAGCUGAGAACUCAUUGCUUCAGGCUGCGUCUUCGUUUCCACUGUAUGGGAGAGUCCACUGUAUAACAAGAGCGUUUCAGAAGUUGCCUCUACAUGACCUGAGGCUCGUGAGUGAGUGGAAGCCAGUCCUGGGGAAGCUUCUGCUGCUGUCCUACAGGCUUUCCACCGUGGUGUCUCCUGUCAUCCAGAGCUCCUCCCCUGAAGGCCUCAUCCCUAUGGACACCGACUCAGAGUCAGCAAGCCGCUUGCAAGUCAUUCUCAAUGAGAUUCAGCCACGGGAUACUAACGAUUACUUCAGCCAAGCUAAAAUACUGAAAGAAUGUGAUAGCUUUGAUUUGGAGGACUUGAGUACCAGUGUCUCAAAUAUUGAUAGUUCUGCAGAAAUCAAAGGUAAAGAAGAAAAAGCGUGUGAUGUAACUGCUCAGAUGGUCCUCACGUGCUGCUGGAGGAGCAUGAAGGAAGUGGCUUUACUUCUUGGCACGCUCUGCCAGCUUCUCCCUCUGCAGCCUGUGCCAGAGUCCGCGGAUGGGUUACUGACAGUGCAGCAGGUUAAAGAAAUAGGAGAAUACUUUAAACAGCACCUUUUGCAGUCCAGACACAGAGGAGCAUUUGAACUGGCUUAUACAGGUUUUGUGAAACUCACUGAAAUAUUAAACAGGUGCUCUAAUGUGAGUCUGCAAAAGCUGCCGGAGCAGUGGUUGUGGAGCGUUUUGGAGGAAAUUAAAAGCAGUGAUCCCUCAUCCAAACUCUGUGCUACAAGGCGUAGUGCUGGAAUUCCUUUCUACAUACAGGCAUUGUUGGCAUCUGAACCAAAGAAGGGUAGAAUGGACUUGUUGAGAGUAACAAUGAGGGAGCUGAUCUCCUUGGCUUUGUCUGCAGAUGACUCAAAGGGCAGAGUUCCCCAGGUUCAUGCUUUAAAUAUCCUCAGAGCCUUGUUCAGAGAUACACGUCUGGGAGAAAACAUUAUUCCUUAUGUUGCUGGUGGAGCUAAGGCUGCAAUUCUGGGCUUUACAUCACCUGUCUGGGCAGUGAGAAAUUCAUCCACACUUCUCUUUAGUUCCUUGAUCACAAGAGUUUUUGGAGUUAAGAGGGGAAAGGAUGAACUUUCCAAAACAAAUAGAAUGACAGGAAGAGAGUUUUUCUCUCGCUUCCCAGAACUGUAUCCCUUUCUUCUCCAACAAUUGGAAACUGUAGCCAAUACAGUAGACAGUGAACUGGGAGACCCUGAUGGCCACCCCGGCAUGUUCCUCUUACUCCUGGUGCUAGAGAGACUCUACCCAUCUCCGAUGGAUGGCACGGCGUCUGCACUCAGCUUGGCCCCUUUUGUUCCUUUCAUUAUCAGGUGUGGUCGCUCACCUUUUUACCGCUCCCGUGAAAUGGCAGCUCGUGCAUUGGUCCCCUUCAUUACGAUAGACCAGAUACCAAGUACCCUCCAUGCUCUGCUGGACUCACUCCCCAACAGCACUGACCAGUGUUUCCGACAAAACCAUAUUCAUGGGACACUUCUGCAAGUUUUUCAUUUGUUACAAGCCUACAUUACAGACUCCAAACACAGAAUAAGUGCAGAUUUCCUUCAGGAGCUGAGUGACAUCACUGUUUGUACCAAAGCCAAACUCUGGCUAGCCAUGAGGCAAAAUCCAUGCUUGGUAACCAGAGCUGUGUAUAUUGAUGUUCUCUUCCUGCUGACUCACUGCCUGGACAGACCCGAGGAAGGGAAGCAGACAGCUCUGGAGAGUCUUGACUUCUGGGAAGAUGUAAGAAGAAUUAUCUUGGGAUCAGAGCUGAUCACGGGGUUCCCCUGGACCUUCAAGGUUCCAGGCCUGCCCCAGUACCUGCAGAGCCUUACCAAGUUAGCCAUCCCUGAAGUGUGGGCAUCGCUGGCUGAAGCUGAAGGGCAGGCGACUGCUGUUCCUCUCUCCUUUUCUCAACUUCUGAAGUCUUCCUUCCCUGAAGUGCGCUUGCUAGCCCUGGAUGCACUGCUGGAAAGGGCGGCUUCCUCUGAACAGGGGCAGGAGGGUCCCCCUCCCUUGCUGUACAGUAUGGGAGAGGAGUUCCUACUGCUGGCAAUGAAGGAAGACCACCCAGGAUGUUUCUGCAGGGUCCUGAAGAUUCUCUAUCACUUGAACCCCAGAGAAUGGCUUCCUCAGACAGAGUGCUCUGUUCACCUCUCCCCAAAGGAGUUCCUGGUCUGGACUAUGGAUAUUGCUUCCAAUGACAGAUCUGAAAUCCAAGGUGUAUCUCUGAAGCUUGCCUCCAAAAUAAUUGCCUACCUUGUGCAGAGUUGUGAGAAGAACAAAGAUACAGUCGCCCUCGAGCUGAGGCGGUGGGCCCAGCUGAUUGUCUGGUCCUGUGGAGACCAUCUUCCUACCGCAUCUAGACUGGCUGUUGCUGAAGUCCUCACCGGCACCGCACCCCUGUUCCUCACCAGUCCCCAGCCCAUUCUAGACCUGCAGGACACUCUUUCUCUCUGGAGGUGUGUCCUCACCCUUCUGCAGAGUGAGGAACAACCCAUCAGAGAGGCAGCCACAGAGACCGUGACAACAGCCAUGUCACAAGGAAACACUUGCCAGUCAACAGAAUUUGCCUUCUGCCAGGUGGAUGCCUCCAUUGCUCUGACCCUGGCCUUCGCUGUCCUGUGUGACUUGCUCCGGCAGUGGGACCAGCUGGGGCCAGGACUGCCCAUUCUCCUGGGAUGGCUGCUGGAAGAGGGUGGUGACCUCAAAGACCUCAUGCAGAGCCCACAUCAGGGGGAAGAAGAGCACAUAUUUGAAAAGUCAGAAGUCAACUUCUGGGCCGAGCCUCUGGUCUUCGUGAAAUCCCUGUGUAAGCAGGUUUUCCACCUCCUCUGUCAGUCUGGCUGUCAGUCCUCUCACUCCCAGCUCAGUCACUUGCAAAGCAUAGCAUCAGAGCAGCAUCGCCUCAGCUCUCAGCUCUUCAGAGAGCUUCCACUCUCGGCUGAAUUUUUGAAGACAGUAGAAUACACAAGACUGCGCAUUCAAGAGGAAAGGACUUUGGCUGUCCUGAGGCUGUUGGCCUGUCUGGAAGGAAAGGAGGUUCCCAGAGCCGAAGACUGCCCUAGAGAAUGGAGACAAGAAAUGGCCCCAAGAACAGAAGCAGCUUGUUGAAGAAAGAAGGCUGUGGCCCUCAACUCAGGUCUGCGAGACACGUGAUGGAC